GCAGAGUUGUCUCCCGUGGUAAUUUGUUUCACCUGUCCACAUUCGGCAUUCGCUCACCGCUCAUGUUACUUCAAAGGAAAGCGUAGCCAUGACUUGUUUAGGAUCAUGGCCCAACUUUUACCAACUGAUUCUAGGGAUUUAUCAGAGGAUCCACUCACUUUAGAGGAAAUUUUAACUGUGUUUAAUAAUCCUAUAAAUGAGGAGCAAGCUUGGGCAGUUUGUCAUCAAUGUGCAAAUUAUUUUUCUCUAGAUACAGCACGGCGCACUUUUCGUGAGUUAUAUACACAUGGAAUACGUUCCGUUAGAAUUAAAAAGGAUGGAGAUGUGAUCAUAGACUCUACAGAAGUGGUUUUACCCAAGGGACCUCAAGUCCGCAGAAGAAACUCGGUGACGGGGAAAGACAUUAAAGUUGUUACAGAGAGUGAUGCUAUCCAGGCCCUUGGAGUGGUUAUCUACCAUGCUCUGGACUACGGACUCCAGGAAUCUGAGGAGCGACACCUCAGUCACAGCCUGGAACAUCUCCUGGAGGUGAUGAUAAAUCCAGACGAGGAGGAUGAUGAGGAAUUACAGAACGCCUGCGACGAGGGCAUCGAGAAAGAUGCCAAGGAGGGGUACACGUUCGCAGACAUUAUUGUGUUGUGUUCCCAGCACAUUUCCAGUGACCUCAAUGUGGGCCAGCACUACAAGGCAGUGUGUAAGGCCCUGGUGGCCGAGGCAGAGGAACUACUCACCUUCCUCAACAGAAUCUCCUCAGGCAAGAAACAGCUGGAGAAGGUGGUACAGGACGAGGACCAGGCCAGGCUCGAGGAGCUACAGAGGUCUGACUGGGCUCGAUUAUGGGUGCAGAUUAUGAAGGAACUAAGACGAGGGGUCAGGUUAAAGGCAGUGGAGCACAUCACAACGCCAACAGAGUAUGAGUUAACUCCCUUUGAAAUCCUUCUGGACGACAUCAAAUCUCAUCGCUACACCCUCAACAAAGUCAUGGUUAAUGGUGACAUUCCACCCAAAGUGAAGAAAGACGCCCAUGCUGUGAUCCUUGACUUCAUUCGUUCUCGUCCCCCGCUACACCCUGUUAAAAAGAGAGUAUUGAAUUCCCCACCCAAAGUUGAGUUGCAGCCCCGGGAACAGAUCUUACAGGAAAUCCGGUCAAAACCCAAACUGAGGCCAGCCAAAGACAGGAAAAUAGUGGAAACUUCCCGGACAAAGCUAAAUAAUGAGGAUGAUGAGGAAUAUCCCCAGCCGGUCAGGAAGGUCAUCAAACCGGACUUCACGCUCUUCCUCGACAGUUUUGAUGAAUCAGAGAAUGAUAAUGACUCCAGUAUGGGAUCCUCCCACUCAAGUAUCAGCUCCCCCUCCCCAGAAAAAGACAGCAUCAGAUGGCGAAGGGCUGUUGUUCGAGAUGUGGCGACCACUGAACGCCAAUGUAACCUUGAACGCCGCCACACAAUCAUGGUCUGUGAGUCCCCCCAGGUAUUCCCCUCUACCCUCAAUGGCACAGCCCAGCUACAAGUAGAUGCUGCAGAGCAUAAAGUGCAUGAGUCUCGUGGCAAACUGAGGCGGUCUGCCCCUGUGUCUAAGUCCCGUGCAUGUGUGAAUGAUGUCCGACAGAAAAGAAUGUCUCUUCCAUUGCAUGGCAUUCAUGAAGAAGACAGUGUUGAGUAUAGGUCCCUGCAUGAUCCUGCAUGUGGUUUUAAUUCUGUUUCUGAGGAGAAUGAUGUUUCUGAAGAUUAUGUUUUUGAUAGAUCUCAAGGUUUACGCAUGCCUGUAACUCGCUCUCAAUAUCAGAAUCUGAAAAGAUCAGCCACCAUAACAGAAUCAGCAAGCAGUUCACAGACUAUUUCAAAAUCAAGGAGUUCAUCUGAAGUUAAAGAAAAACCUCGUCCUAUGGUAAGGGCAAGGAGUAUUUCAGACAUGAAACCAUCAGUACUUGUGAGAGCAAGGAAUGUUCCAAAAUCUCAAAGUACUAAUGAUGCUUCCUUAAAAAAGUCUGAAAUCAGGGAAGAUGACAAACUUAAGACACCAGAGAGAGAAGACAGUUCUCCGAAGCCAAAACCGAGGCCAGCACCAAGGACUUCCAUUACAAGGAGUAGUUCAAUGUUAACUAGGCCAAGGUCAGACUCUGAAACCAAAGAAGUAAAGAGUGAUUCCUCCAAAUCUCAUGUAAAUUCUGAUAAAGAAAGUGUUAAAGUUAUCUCCAAAGGACACUCAAGUGAAGCUGAAGUGAAAGUCAGAAGGAGAUCUUCAGAAACUUCGACCUCAGUGGAUGGAGAGACUUCAGGUGAAAGAGUUCGUAGGUCAUCUAGGCACAGUGACAAAUCACCAAGUCGACACAGUGAUAAAUCUCCAAGUCGACGCAGUGAUAAAUCACCAAGUCGACGCAGUGAUAAAUCUCCAAGUCGAAGCAGUGAUAAAUCGUCAAGACGACGGACAUCAGAAGGAUCUGGAGAGGAGUCAUCAAGGAGACAUCAUCGGGAAUCUUCUCCAUCUAGCAGACGACACCAAGAUUCUUCAUCGCCAAGCAGACGACACAAGGAAUCUCACCACAAAGAAGAUUCCCCUCGACGACACAGAAGAGAAGGUAGGGAUGAAAGUGUUCAAAGUGAGGUUGUGAAAUCUGAUGGCCAUUCACAUCAUAGACACAGACACAGAAGGAGGUCUGAAGAGGAAGCAAUUCCACAAAAUACAGAAAGUGAUAAUUUCCUUAGACAAUCAAAAGACAGAGUUCCACUUAGACGAUCCAUGCGUGUCAGUGGAGAAGGACAAGAUGAAAAAUCUGUUACACCAGACAGGAAAUCCAAUAGUGAUAAAGAACAUAAUAGUGAAAUGGAAUCUCCAAAGCCUGAAGUGAAAGUGAGGAGGUCUGUUCAGUUAAAUCACAGUGAGGAGGGUGAGAGGCCAUCAGUUCAGCUGACCACUCCCUCACCAGUGAUGUCAUCAGCUGAGCCGGUGCAGCGAAGAAGUAAAGUACAGGCUGUAAAUCGGUCUCAGAGUCAAAGGACCUUCUAUCGUCACUCCACAGACUUUAGUGGUACCAGUGCAAUAAUUCCAGAGGUGAACACAUCACCCUCUACACCAGUUGGUCGGGGAAUAAUGCUCGGACGACAUCGGAAGGAGGCCGAAGAGUUACUGAAGCCCAUCCACCAGGAGGAGGAAGUAAAUUCAGAAAUCCCCGACAAAGCGAGGGACAGGGAGAGUCCCGAGCGCUCGCCUAAAUUGUCGGAGUUGAACGUGUCUGAGUUGCUUCAUGUAAGUGAGGGCCCCUUGUUUGGGGCUGUGUCUACUAACGGUGUUCCUCCUUCCUCUACAGACUCUGACUCGCCUAAGUGGAAACAUCCCAUCGAGUGUUUGUCCUUGACCCUAGAGGAGGUCACACACAUCAGACAGGUGUUAACGAAGGCUGAGCUGGAGACGUUAAUUACCAACCAUGAAAUGUACAACCUGGUGUCCAAAGGAAAGGUGUGUUUUACCUGUAAAUUGGUGAAAUUCUCCAUGUUUGGUCAGUGGGGAACGAGAUGCAAGAUCUGUAAGCGCAAUGUGUGCAACAACUGUCUCAGAAAGAUGAACAUUCCUACAGAACACUUCCAGAAUAUUCCAGUACACACCCUCAGUCCUAUCCCACUCAGUCAGGAUAUACUGGACGUCCUCAAGGUCUACGAAAGCACUGGGUCUGUUCCACACACACCUUGCUCAGAACGGAAGACUCCGCCUGAAGUGGAGAACGUGGCCCCAAAACGGAAAUCCCUCCAGAGAUCCCACACAAUAGGGGCGGGAUCUGCCCCCGCCCUGCCCAACAAAAACCUGCUGAAGGGACCCCAGAUGAGUGUGUGUUGUGACUGUAAAUCCAUGAUUAUGGAGAUCAUUCGCUCCAGUAGGACUUCUAUUGCCCGUAUUAAUAAGGGACAGGGAACUCCGCCCAGCCCUGACCAGGAAGAGGAAAAGGGGGAGGGGCUUAAUCUUUCCACAUUGUCUCUCAACAUCAAACAGUUUUUCAAUAAGUGAAAUGGAAAUAACUUAACCAUUGAGAUGUGAUUUAUUUAUCUGUGCAAUUUUUAAAAUUAUUAAGAGUAUAAAACAAAAUUUUGUAAAUACAUUUGUCUUCCUGUAGAUUUUAUCAUUUUAAAUCACUGCAAUAAAAUUAAAGCAUGAAAC